AUGCCAAUGCCACCGCCCUCGCAACACCACCAAUACACCUCCUCGCCCACCGCCUUGGGACUUUCUCUUACUCACAGACGCACGCUCUCCACUGUUUCUGCCCGUCCUCCAAGCCCGACGAGCUCAGUACUGUCUGAACCCGCAAGACCCAGGCUGUCUGCGGGAAUUUUGACGACGACAGCGACGAGUACGCUGUCGAGUGCCGCCGGUCGCAGGAAAACCGCCCGCAUUGCCGCCACUAUCACCACCAACCCGGCCGUGUGUCCGGACGUCGCCUUCUCUACCGCAUCACCGCCAGUGUCGCCGCUGCCGCUGCCCCGGUAUCCGCUAAAGCUUGCUGCCGCUUGUCAAAAUGCCCCCGUUGUGAAAAGCCCUCUGAAUCCGAACGCCAACGCCAGCGCCGACCCAAGCCCAGCUCUCUAUCCUUUGGCCGCUCCCAGAAUGCCGUCCUACGACCCCCAGCGCCCUCCCGUGCUUGCCAGCACUCGCCAGUCGUCGAUCGCCCGGAAUGCAAACAAGCCGCCGCUAACUCCCAAGCUUGCCUCCUCGCGCUCCCAGACACCACUACACCACUCCCCAAGCGUGAUUGGCAGCCGCCGUGAUCCCCCGACCCUCACCCCCCGAGCCUCCUCGAGACAGAUCCGCGUCGAUAGCAACCAUUCUACUCCUACGAUCACUCCCAGACUCCCGAAGGUCUCAGACGACUACUGGGAGACUCGCUCUACCGCGGGAACACCCGAAGAUACUCCCAAGGGCCCCGUUGUGAAUGUCACCUCUCCUUCCGAUGCCGGUACUCCCGGCCGGUCAGAUAAGGACUUAGACUCCAAGUUCUUUUAUGCCUCUGACGCCCAUGCACAAAAGAAGGCGCAGCAACAACACUAUCAACAACCACAACCACAACCACAACAACAACAACAACAACAACAACAACAACAACACCGGGCACAGCCGACUCCUACAGCCAGUAACUUCUUCUAUGCAAACGGCAAUAGCGUCGCAAGCCCCCAAGGCCCUCUCUCUCCCCCCCUGGCCUCUCCAGCUGCCCCAGACAGCUUGAACAGCAAGUUCGUCUAUGCCAAUGGAACUCCUGAGCUCCAGCCAGCUCCCAAGAUUUCUCCUGCUAGGCACAAGAGAUCCGGCUCCGUUGUAUCAACAGCAUCUAGGGCACCGACUGGCGCAGCAAGGCCAACAUCACCUGCCAAACCGACACAAUGUUCACAGCUACCUUCCACUCGCACAAGCACUCCUAGCUUGGUUUCGCCAAAGUCACCUACCGUGAACCUUGCCAGCCAGGCAGGGCCAAGAAGAGUAAGCGGUGAGCUGCCGCUUCGGGCACCGAAACAGGAUCGUCCCAAGAGCGCAACUCCCGCCGAGCUCUCUGUCUCUGGGAGAAGAAUAUCUUCUCACAGCUCGCUGCCAUCAUCAGGCAGCGCUUCACCCACAAACAACCGCCCGGUGAGCCUGCCGGGUCCAGGGUUUGCCUCUCUGGCCCAAGUCGCCGAAGACUUUGCUGCGUCCGACGACAGCCACGGGCCCUCCCUGGCCAACCCGAACAGGACAUCUCAGGACAAUGAGGUCGACGAUAUCGUUGCGAAUGCCCGACGGGAGCGCAAGGUUCAGGAUCUGGAGAUUACCAACGCCAGUCUGGCAGCCAUUAACCGCAGUCUUGAACGCCAGCUGCGCAAGCAGACUGCGGAGCUGCGGCGCUACCAGCGCUUGUCUCGUGCUGGACGUCUGAGCUUCAUGCCGUCUGACACCCCUGUUGAAGGUGGUGUGCUGGCCAAGGCUGGGAAGAGUCUGGAUGAUCUCGACGAGGAUGAUGACGACGACUUCUUGUCAGCUGAGGAGCCCUCGCCGUCGGAUAUUUCGGAUGAAGAGGAGGAGGAGGAGGACGACGAUGAUCUGUCGGACAACCUGUCUGGCGUAGAGGAAGCGCCAGCUGCGACGAUGACAGCGCCAUCACAACCUACGGAAAGCCGAGGAAUGCCAGAAAAGCCUGUUGUUGACGGCCAAACUGAUUCCAACAGCAACAUAAACAUCUCUAACUCCGAAAACCCCAACACCGAGCUCAACAUCAAAGAAAUCGAAAAGAAACACCGUCGCAUUCAGCGCGCCAAACGCGACGAGCGCCGUCUCCAGCUCGAUCUUACUCGUCACCAGCAACUCCUCAUCACCUCUCAGAAGAUCAACCAGUCCAUCCGGCGUUGUCUCAACUGGACUGAGGAACUCAUCAAAGAAGGCCAGCGUGCGCUGGCAUAUAAGGUGAACGUGAGCGAUGUUAGCUUAGGCGGGAGGGUUCUUGCGCCAGAGGAGGUUGAACGGAGGGAGAGGGGGAUUGAGGGCGAUGAGGAUGACGGGGAUGCAGAUGGGGGUGUGUUUUAUGGUGUUGGUGGGAGGACGGAGACUGAGGAGGAGAGUGAGAUGGAGAGCGAAGAAGAGACUGACGAGGAAGAGGAGAGGCCGAGGAGUAAGGCCGCGCAGGAUCGGGAUAGCGGGAUCGAUUUCCCUGCGGACGAUGGGAUUGUUGGAGUUGAGGGAAAGAGGAUCAGCUUGCCUAAUUGA